AUGGCUAGGACUCGAGCAUCAUCUUUUAUUGGACGAGGGGAGCCAUCCCGCGACUUUGCUUUUGAGACCCCAGCUUGGGGUAGAGGUAGACCCGAGGCUGAGGCCUCCGAUGUAGUCAUCACAAGUAUUGUUUCGAUUCUUUAUCACCCUGUAUCUGUGUUAUUUGAUCCUGACUCCAUUUAUUUGUAUGUUUCAGCAUACUUCUUUUUUGGAUUUGACUUGCUAUGGGUUCCACUUCACAGGGAUAUUGACUUUGCUAUUACCCUCGAGCUGAGCACCAAGGCCAUUUCUAUGUCUCCUUAUUAUAUGGCUCUAGCCGAGUUGAAGGAAAUAAAGGAGAAACUUCAAGAUCUAUUGAGGUAUUAUCGCCGUUUUGUUCAAGGCUUCUCUGUGAUAGUAGCUCCACUAAGUAGGCUCACUCAAAAUAAUAUGGUAUUUCAUUGGUCAGAUAAGUGUGAUGAGAGAUUCAAAAAGUUGAAGGUAUUAUUGACUACUGCGCAUGUGUUGACCUUUCCUGAGGAGGGUGUUGACUUCACCGUGUAUGGUGAUGCAUCAGGAGUAGUCUUAGGUGGAGUGUUGAUGCAAAAGGGGAAGCGGAACUUGAAUUUGAGGCAAAGGAGGUGGGUUGAGCUUCUGAAGGAUUAUGAUUUGACUCUCCUAUAUCACCUCGGGAAGGCCAAUGUGGUGGCCGAUGCAUUGAGUAGGAAAACUUCUAGUUUGGGAAGUCUUACAGCUAAUCGAGAUAAAGAACGACCCUUGGCUAGAGAUGUUCAGAGAUUGGCCAAUGGGUUGAUCCGAGAGAGGCAGUUUAAGGAUGAGAAGUUGUGCCUCAUUCUCAACAAGGUGGCGAGAGGCGAGGCUAAGGAAGAAAUGCUUGAUUCAGAGGGUGUUUUGAGGAUCAAGAGUCGCAUUUGUGUGCCCAAGAUGGAUGGACAGUCUGAGAUGACUAUUCAGGUGCUUAAAUAUAUGCUACGGGCAUGUGUGAUUGAUUUUGGUGCUUGGUGGGAUCAGCAUUUGCCCUUGGCGGAGUUCGCUUACAACAACAAUGAGUCUCAUGUCAUUUCCCAUGAUUCAGUGGAGUUGAGCCCAAAUUUGGCAUAUGAGGAGGAGCCUGUGGCUAUUUUAGGCAGGUUGGUCAGGAAAUUGAGGACUAAGGAGAUAGCUUCGGUGAAGGUCCAGUGGCGGCAUCAGUCCAUAGGGGAGGCUACCUGGGAGCUAGAGUCAAACAUGCGAGCCCGUUACCCCCACCUUUUUGAGACUCCAGGGCCAGUGGCGUACAAGUUGUCCUUACCAACUAUCUUGUCUGGGGUACGUCCGGUGUUCCAUGUGUCAAUGCUGAAAAAGUACCAUGGAGAUGGAGACUACAUCACUAAAUGA